AUGGCUCUCCUAGUCAGCGAAUUUAUUCACUUCAAGCUCAAGCCUUCAGUAAAACCCGAGGAUCCCUCAAACGAAGAAGGCCAAGCACUACUCCAACUCUUCCAAACAGCCAAGCACCAAAGCGGAUAUAAAAGUUCAGCAUGGGGCAGAACAAUAGAGGACGAGAAUAUCAUAGUAUGGAUAGUUAACUGGGCCGACGCGCAUGAAGGAAUCCAACCACAACUCCUAGCUCCAUACCUCGAGCCCAACACACAAGUGAGCGUCAUCUUCACGACACUCACGCCAUCAAUCACCGAAACCGAGUCCCUAACCACCAACCCCGUCACGGAGCUGGUCGCGCUCACAUUUCCCAGCUCCCUGACGCCCGACGAGCAAAAGAAGCUCAAUGCCGAUCUGAUUGAGUUCCGGGCUGCGCUGACGGAGUUGCCUAAAGGUGGAAGGCCGAAGUCGUGGGCUAUGGCGCAGGUGGAGAGGCCUGGUACAUUGGACCAUGAGAAGAGUCCGUCUGGACAGGCGAUGUUGCAUCUUUUGGCUGUGGGGUGGGAGUCGGUGGAUGUGCAUAAGGCUGCCAGGGAGACGGAGGAGUUUAAGAGGACGAUUGCGCCUAUUAGGGAGAAGGCGAUUCCUUCUAUACCACCUUUGGGGAUGAAGCAUGUUUCUUUUAGGAAGGUUUGA